AUGAGUGAGGCCGAGAAGGCCAGAAAGUCGGAAGACUCUCCAAGGCCAGUGGAGAUGUCUACCCUUCCUACGGUCAACUCUGAAGCCAAAGAACCCACCAGGCCCACCAAGCCACCACUACAUCCUGCCUUCUAUGUCAUCUCCUGGAUCGCAAUGAGCUCUGGCGUCAUUCUAUUCAACAAGUGGGUUCUGGAUACCAAGAACUUCAGAUUUCCGAUCAUCCUGACGACAUGGCAUCUUGCGUUCGCUUCUUUGAUGACACAAAUACUUGCGCGGACAACUUCGUUACUCGAUAGUCGAAAAACAGUGAAGAUGACGGGUCGUGUCUACCUAAGGGCUAUUGUGCCGAUUGGAUUCUUCUUCAGCUUGAGUCUGAUAUGCGGCAACAAAGCAUACCUAUACCUGAGUGUAGCGUUCAUCCAGAUGCUGAAGGCUACCACACCUGUCGCUGUCCUCCUUGCUACUUGGUCCUUAGGGGUUGCCCCUCCGAACUUCAAGACUCUGGGAAAUGUUUCGUUCAUCGUCAUCGGUGUGAUUCUUGCCUCAUUUGGUGAGAUUAUGUUCGACUUGACAGGCUUCAUAUACCAAGUCACCGGCGUCAUGUUUGAGGCCACACGGUUGGUGAUGAUCCAGAUGAUCUUGAGCUCUCCAGACUUCAAGAUGGAUCCGCUGGUCUCGUUGUACUACUACGCUCCUGUUUGUGCUGUUAUGAAUGCGAUUGUAUCCGUCUUCACUGAGCUACCGACUUUCCAGCUUGACGAUAUCUACCGAGUUGGGAUCAUCACUCUCAUCGCAAAUGCCAUGGUUGCGUUCCUCUUGAAUGUUUCUUUGGUCUUCCUGAUCGGCAAAACUUCUUCCCUCGUUCUAACACUUUGUGGCGUCCUAAAGGACAUUCUCCUGGUUGCAGCGUCCAUGAUCAUCUGGGGCACGCCUGUCAGCGGGCUUCAAUUCUUUGGCUACAGUAUUGCUUUAGGUGGUCUUCUGUACUACAAGCUCGGUAGCGAGCAGCUUAAGCAGUAUGCUAGCUCAGCCGGCCGCUCAUGGAACGAAUUUGGCACGAAUAAACCUGCCACCCGCAAAUUGGUGAUAGUUGGAGCUUCGGUGUUCACGGUGUUUUUGCUUCUUUGCGGUUUGGCACCCACAUACGCUCCUGGCAGCGUUAAAGCUAGCUCAGAGUAUUUGAAGAGUUUGCUUGGUGGUGCCGCGGCAGCUGCGGCGCCUAAACGGAAAGGCACUUGA